AUGGCACCAAAGGCUGAGAAGAAACCUGCUUCCAAGGCCCCAGCGGCAAAGAAGACCACUGCUUCUACCGACGCUUCUAAGAAGCGGACGAAGACUAGAAAGGAGACCUACUCCUCUUACAUUUACAAGGUUCUUAAGCAGACUCACCCAGAUACUGGUAUCUCGCAGAAGUCUAUGUCCAUUUUGAACUCGUUUGUGAACGAUAUCUUUGAGAGAAUCGCGUCUGAGGCAUCCAAGCUUGCGGCCUACAACAAGAAGUCUACGAUCUCUGCUAGAGAAAUCCAGACUGCUGUCAGAUUGAUCUUGCCCGGUGAGCUAGCCAAGCACGCCGUGUCUGAGGGUACCAGAGCUGUUACCAAGUACUCGUCUUCUACCCAAGCCUGA